AUGACUGCUUCUCAAGUUGACUCUGGCCGGAUGCACCCGCGUCGCCGGCCCAACUUAAACUCCAACCUCCCUUCUCUCCAGACUGAAUCCCCCUCCGGUCCUUCCAAGAUGCCGCUACGGAAAGGAGAGACCUUCAACACUCCCACCAGUCCACCAUCCAGUGACCAAGACCCUGUCCUGAGCAUCCGCUCUCUGCCUCGUCGUGCUCCCACCUCGCUGGACGCCAUUACUACGAGUGAUCAGCGCAUGGCUUCCAUCCUGGAUCGCCUGACCCUCGCAGACUCCCCAGAGGAGAAGCCGUCGACCAAAUCCAAGGCCGACCCUACCCGCUCGCGUGCUAACUCCGCAGCUGGUGUAAAUGACACUGCUACUAAAAAGCCCUCAAAUGGCGAUGGCAAGAACCAGUCCUCCACACAAGACAAAAAGGUUUCCUCGGAAGAGGCACAUGACUCCGAUAGCGGGUUGGGUUCAUCAAUCAGUAGUGUGGAGAGCAUGUCUCCCCUGAGCAAAGCGAUGAAUGAGGACAUUCACGAUCAGUCAGCAAUCACAACAACCGCCGAGUCUUUUGAGAGCGGGUCAACCCCCAGAAGACAAUUGGGCCUUGCUGCCUGCAAGUCGAUUGAGAAAUUCGUAUUGAUCCCCAUUCUCAAGGAGCCCAAACUCCAACCUUUUCAUGCUCUGGCUCGGAGCGUUCCCUCUCGCAUUGUCAAAAAGCAGAUCGUCUGCCUACGGGAUCUCGAAAAGACCCUUCUUUGGCUCGCACCGAAGUCGACUUCCUCUCGACAUGCCUAUCUCAACUUCGCCGAGUUUACGAUCCAGUGCUUGCAUACGUCGGCCUCGCACCUGAACGACCGCGACCAGCGAUUACCAACCGAUCGCCCAUACACUAACGGAUAUUUUGUCGAUCUCGUUUCCCAGGUUCGCCGCUACGCCGCAAUGAUUCGCGCCUCCCAAGACCGGGUGCAGGCCGCCCAGGGGGAAGAGAAGAAGAAAAUCUCGAUUGUCUCCGAAGCCGCCCUCGAAGGUGGUCUAUCGAUCAAUGGCAAGCCCGCCGAGAUAAUCGUGACCCAGAAUGGAAAGCCCAUCUCCAUGCGCACAGGAAAGCCGAUCAACCCUGACAGCCCGUAUGUCUUCAAGCGUACCAUCAGCUUUGACCAGUCGACCGACGAGGGUGUUCAGCGUUCCAUGGCCCGUCGCAAGAAGAAUGCGCCUCCCAUGGAUAUCAACCAGAAAUGCAAGGACUGCGACAAGAUCUUUAAGCGUCCUUGUGAUUUGACCAAGCACGAGAAAACCCAUUCUCGUCCAUGGAAAUGCGCCUUUGCCGGUUGCAAGUAUGAAUCGCUUGGGUGGCCCACUGAGAAGGAGCGCGACCGCCACAUGAACGACAAGCACUCGGACACCCCUGCUCUGUUCAAGUGCAGCUUCCAGCCUUGCACAUAUGCCUCCAAGCGCGAGAGCAAUUGCAAGCAGCACAUGGAGAAGGCCCACGGCUGGGUUUAUGUUCGUUCCAAGAACAACGCCCGUGGCGGCAGCAAGCGUGGCUCGUCCCUACAGGCCACACCUCGUACUCCGAGUGUGGGUGCUUCCACUCCCGGUUCCCGGCCUACCGAUUUCCCGACCCCUGUCUCGGGUCCCAGUGCCUCGCCCUGUGAACCCUCUGCGUGGCCAGAUCAUAUUCCGUUCAACUUCAACGAUCCUCCUGCGCAGGCUCGCAGCGAGGACUUUCCCCCUCUAUUCGAGAGUUCUCCCUUCUCCGGGACCAAUACCUCGAGCAGUAUGGGCAAUGACUUCAGUCUGUUCACCUCGGCCAAUCUCGAUGCCAUGGAGAACCAGUUCGGGGCCGGUGACCCGAACGGGCUCAUCUCCUCCCUGUCGAUGCACCGACAAUCCAUGAACUCGAUGUCCGUGCCUUCCGCAGGAUCCGUCCCCGACCUGAUGGCCCCGUCCAUGUCCUUCGAUGGCUCCCCUCUCGCGAGCAACACCGACCACAACAUGAGCUUCGACUAUGAGUGGAACCGCCUCGAAACAUCCAACAUGCAAGAGGACUACUCAGCGCCCAACAUGCAGCUUCCCACUCCCGUCUACUCUGACAACAGUGGUCUGAAGCCCUCCACGGGUGACAUGAACAUGGCGCCGAACUACAACUACGCCGCCCAUGGUAAUGUCUCUGGACUUUCCCCCCAACGCCCAGGGCAAUCUGAUGCUCAGGGAAAUACCGAUUUCCCCCUUUAUGACAACAACAUGAUGAACAACAUGAUGCAUCCGAACAACCGCUACGUGGCUCGCCCGCAACAGGCCCAGCACCAGCCGCAACCGCAGCAACCUCAGCCUCAACCUCAACACCAGCAUCACCCUACCCCCCAACAAAUGGCCUCGAUGGGCUACGUGCCUACCUCCGAGACAAUGUUCCCUCCACUCGUGGAACCGGACAUGUUUCGCGGCAUUCCCGGAUGGGAAUCGCAGGAUAUGAACAAUGAAGCCUGGUUGGUGCAGGAGAUGGAGUACAAGAAAUAG